UGAUCAUAGAACAAUGGAUACCUCUAUGUUCUGUCUGAUAUUUGCCAGUUUGGUAUUGGCAGCAACAGCAGAUAAAGGUACCACACAUAACAUACAAGACAUUUUCAUUGGUCGAUGCAUACAAUAUUCAAAUAUUGUGACGCCUGUUAAUGGUAACUGGUUAAUUGAUGAAGCCUUUAGCAAAUCACUGGAUUGCAACAACUUAUACACACAGUUUGAGACAGCGUUCGCAAACAAAGAUCCUUGUGCCAUUGAGGAUAAUGCGUUUGAGCCAUUUGUGUUAUCUGUCAGUCAAGUUCUACCAGCCAAUCAGGCUUUGUUCUGGUCAGGCACGAAUUUACUGGCUCAUCGAUACGCUCUGGCCACGUCAAAAUUGAAGACAAUGGAGGACACCCUUCUUGGUUAUCUGAUGAACAAUCUGAUUUUUUGUGGAGAGUUGAAUAGUGGUAUAAAUUAUGAUGAAUGUCCGGGAUAUGGAAAUUGUCCGAGUAAUGGAAAUGAAGUUAUGAGCACAUUUUGGGAUACCGCAUCCAAGAGUUUUGCUAGUCGUGCGAAUGGUGAAAUCGCCGUUCUCUUGUCAGGAUCUAAUGCCGAUGGCGCUUAUCGCAACACAAGUACCUUUGCAAGAAUUGAGUUACCAAAUCUAAACCCGGAAACAAUCAGUAAUGUGCGUAUCAUUGUUUCACAUGACAUUGGGACAACAAGUCCAAAGCAUGAGACCUGCAAUGAUGGUUCGUUGCUUACUCUGAAGGCAGACUUGGACAAGCGUGAAAUUAAAUACACGUGUGAAGAGGAUGAAUAUCAGUUAAUGUUGGUACAAUGUUCCAGCAACCCGGAUGCGAUUGAGUGCUAUAGUUUAAUAUCUGGAGCCAGUGGUGGACCAAUUAAGAUGCAUGCAUUAUUGUUGCUUUUUGUUGUCGCCCUCGCAAGAAUGUUGUAGGCCUACUACGCUAAUUAUCUUAAUUACUCAAUGGCGAAGACGUGGAUCGUCGUCUUUUAAUACUUAUAACACUACAAGCGUGAAUGUCAAGAAUUCGCACCAUUUUAGAUAACAUUCUAAUCUAAGGCCCAAUAAAAAAAAUUAUUAGUUUAUCACCCCCGCGCGCAUGUCUUCUAUGGUACUGGAAAAAAAAAUUUUUGAAAAAAAAAAAUUAUUUUUUGAACAUUUAAAACAAUUUUUUUUAUUUAUUUAUUUUUAAAAAUUUAUUUUAUUAAAUAGUUAGUAGAUAUUGUAAUAGUAGUAUUGUUUGCAUUGUCUAAAUCAUGUUUUACUUUGAAUAUCAAUGCACCAGCAAACAAACCAAGGGUGAUCUUUGGCUUUAGCAAAAUAAAAAAUUUGAAAAAAAAGCCUCCCUCCCCCAUCACUUUUCCUGCCCAGAUAGGGUGAUAAACUAAUAAUAUUUUUAUAGGGCCUAAUACUGUACUUGUUUAGAUUGGAUGGUACCAGAUUGGAUAUUGCAGGCUUUAAAGCUAUUCAAACAUUGGGGGCGCUGUUGACAUUGGCAUUAUCUUGUGACAAUUUCACGUUCAGGCGUAUCUGCCUAAACCCCGCCUAAACUAAUUAAUAUCGCACAAAUAAAUACUCAUAAUUAUAUUAAUAAUAAUGUGGGUAAGUAGGGUAACUCAAAAUAGUAAAAGCUGUCAAUUAUGACGCCAACUAUGAUUAGAUUAGAUUGACCAAUCAUCUGUCGGUGCUAGCGUGUAUCAAUUUUAUGGAACUCGACUAAAAUAAUAGCGAUAUUGUGUAUAGUUGCUUGUAUGUAAAAUGAAUCUAUGCAGUGUUUCUAUAAGUUAGUUUACUUUUCUUUUGUAUUUCUUUCAAUUGUUGUAAGAUAGUAUCGUAGGUAUAGUUUUGUUUAAAUUAAAAAAAACAAAUAUUUACAUUAAUCAUAUAAUUAUAAUUAUUACAUUAACUUUCUGAUAUUAUUACCUGUACUGUCUUAGUAAAAUUAUUAGUAGCGGUAUAAUGAUAAUUAUUAAUAUGAAAAUGAAUUCUAUAGUAAUUUAUAGUGGUAAUAAUAGUAUUUAUUUCAAUAAUAUGUAUUAUCAAUAUUACUAUUAUUAUAGUAAUAUGCUAAUCAGGCACACACUGCAUCUGCAGACGGUCAGAAAAUGUCGGCUGACUAUUCUAUCUCCACGUCGCUUGAUAAAGCGACACUACCUGCUGAUUAUCGGUAGCAGCCUAGCACAUUGUAGUUGAAAACGACCCAUCACACACACCUUGACGAAAGUCAACUGGUGCAGUGUGUGUCUGGCUUCAGACGACAUAACAGAAAAACGUUUUUCGCAUACAAAUCAUGUUUAUUGACCAAAUGAACCAUCACACUGACGUUAUAUAUUCACAUUGGAAUUGUAGUAAUAUUGGCAACUACUUUGAUUACCCUUUCUAUUAUGAAAAAGUAAUUAAUUAAAAAAUCUACUGAUUAAUAAUUCUCAAAAACUCAUACUAUACAUUGAUCGUAUUAGUUAUAAUAGACAGGGAAAAAUUGAUCACUAAUAUACAAAUAAAAAAAAAGUACAAAUGAGCAUAGGAACACAGACAUACAUAAUAUACAACUAUAUUAGUAUUAAACUGAUAUGUAUGCAUAAUUAUACAUAUACAGUAUUGUAAACAUACUAUAUACAUAUAUAAUUAUAUUUAUAUAUGUAUAUACAUGUUACAUAUAUUUUAUAUUAACAUACUAUACAUACAUAUACUGUAUAUACAUUGCGUAUAUGAGUAUAUAUAAUAUGUAAAUUUAUGUAUAUAAGCAUAUUUGCAAGUUUUGAUAAAACAUUCCAUUUGUUCUGAUAACAUUUAGGACAUAUAGGUUUCACUAGAACUAUGUGUAUUGUGUGGUUUGGCUAAGCCUAGGCCUAUUGUAGUGGCAAUGACCAUAAUGCCAUACACUGUAACAGAGGGUUCUGCUUGAGCAGGGAAUACAGUCAGUACAUCAACUCUCUUGAUUCAGUAAGCUAUAUUUAAACAAAAAUUGUAAUUAUGUAAAAGCAGAGUGUUAUUUAGAAACAUAAAUUUAGUGAGCAGGACUUUCGGGAGACAGGGCAAUGUGCAUCUAUCGCAUAAUGUAAGUUGAUCUACAGAAUUAUCAAGAAUACCGUCAGAGUACAAGUUCUAAUUAUAUAACUUAUAGCACGCACUUAAACGUAGACGGGUCCACAUUCAAACUUUUGGCCACAAGAUUUCAUUUGAAACAAGUGCAAUAAAUUUUUCGAAUACGCACAUUACCACCGUGGCGUGAGCGUGAUGCUCCUUUAGCCUAUUGUGGCACGGUGGUAAAGCACAAGCACUAACGUGGGGUCAUCUUGGAGGUGGGAAUAAACAAAUUUCGCCACUUCGCCUAGUUACCACUCUAGUAUUCUUUUAACUCUGAUUUGAUUUGACUUCAGUUAUGACAAGGAGUCUUCUACUGUCUCGCAUUAUGAAAAUCCACCUUCUACUGCCUUACUAAAUUAUUAAAGGGUGCCCUCUAUUGUCUUACUAAAUUAUGAAAGUGUGCCCCCAAUUGCCUUAAUAAAUUAUGAAAGGGUGCCCUUUAUUAUUUUAUUAUAAUUUGUAUAUAAAUAAAAUUAAUAGCCUUAAAUUCAUUGGCAUUAAAUAACCAUGUCAUGUCCUUGCCACAUUGUCUUCCCAAGUUAAAGGUGCCCUCUACUGACACAUUAAUCAUAAGAGCGCCCUCUACAUUUUAUAGAUAGAAACUGGCUAAAAAAGACCAGAAUUCAUUGGUAACUGCGUAUUAAAAGACCUGAAAUCAUUGGUAAUCACUGCAACAGUGUACCAUAAGUACUUUGCAAAACUCAACUAUGACAAUCUAUCUUAUGUUGAUUUAAUUUGUACAUAAAUAUGGUAUUUGUUAUACUCCUCAAAUUAAUAAAGAACAAGUUGUCAUCACUAUGAUA